AUGUUUCUUCCUUCGUUCAGCAGAUACACAAAGAGUUGUCGACCUGAGAGGUCACUUCGCUGUUUCUGCUCCUCUUCUCCUGUUCUUCUAAGGGACUCUUCCCUUGCCCACGCCCAAUUGCACGCAGCAGGGCCAAUAGGGUUUGUCUUUGAUAUCGAUGGUGUUUUGAUUAGAGGUGGGAAACGUAUUGAGGCUGCCAAACCAGCUUUACAGUUGUUGAACCACCACAGGAUCCCCUGGAUAUUGCUCACUAACGGUGGAGGUUAUUCUGAGGCUGCAAGAACUGCCUAUUUGUCGACAUUGUUGGACGUCAACAUCAAUCCAGUCCAGUUGAUCCAGUCACACACACCCUUCAAGGGCUUUACCAAAACAUACAGAAGGAUCUUAGCUGUUGGAGGUCUUGAAGAUAGGGUCAGACAUGUUGCCAGAGACUAUGGGUUUGAAGAUGUCUUGAUUCCUGCUGAUAUCAUUAGAUCCAACCAGUCUGUUUGGCCAUUCCAUGGGUUUUCUGCAGAUCAGCUAAAUCGGUGGGCAUUGGAUCCAUCGAUUACAAAUGUUUUCAAAAAGCCAAUUGAUGCUAUCAUGGUUUUUAACGAUCCUAGAGAUAUGGGCACAGACAUUCAGAUUAUCGUUGAUUAUUUGAAUUCUGAUAACGGUUUAUAUGGGACAAUUCGAAAUUUACACAAGGUUUCACAUAAUCACACUCCCUCAAUUCCCAUUUUUUUCUCCAAUAAUGAUUUACUAUGGGCAAAUGAUUUCAAUCUUCCAAGGUUCGGUCAAGGUCAAUUGAGAAUUAUAAUUGAACGAUUAUAUCAAGAACUAAAUAACUCAUUGACUCUAGAUUCAACGAUAUUCGGGAAACCUUUCAAAUCGCAGUACGAUUUUGCUCAUCAUAUUCUCAUCGAUUGGUACCAAAGUUUAUUAAAAAAUCCAAACUUAAUAAAUUUCAAUUCAAAUAGCCAAGCGUUGAAACAAAUUCUACCUAGUAUAGGUGAAAUUCCAGUCAAUUCGCCCUUUAAUAAAAUCUACAUGGUUGGGGAUAACCCAGAAUCGGAUAUAAAAGGAGCAAACAAUUACGGUUGGGAAAGUUGUUUAGUUAGAACAGGUGUAUUUAAAGAUGAUGACUUGCCUGAUUUAAAAGUCAAACCUACAAUGAUAGUUGACAAUGUUUAUGAAGCCAUUAAAUUUGUAUUAGAUAUUAACGGUUAUAUAUAG